GCUCUCUCUCGAGCUCUCUCUCCAUCAGUGAAAUAAACAAACGCGGGACACAGCAAGAAUAUGAAUGUCGUUGGGUAUUCCCCCCAGUCAAGAGUGAAUUUUGAAGAAGAUUAAAAGCACGUGUUUUCAAACUUGUGAGGCCAUGCGAACAGCCAUCUCAAUGCCGGUCACAAGAUCGCAAACGCUUUUAAAAGAUAAGGACAUGUCGGAGUCGUCGGCGAUAGAUGCCGCCUCCGGGGAUUCAUCUCUGGAAGUACGCGAGAGGUACUUGAAACCAAAUAAACAACAAAACAAAGAUGCACACCCAAGAGCCAAGGCAGUCACACCAGAUUCAAAAGCCCAAUACAAGAAGAAAAAGGUAGUGUCUGAACAGAGUCAGUACUCCAGCUUGUCCAAAGUAUUAUUUGUGGCAGCUCUAGCAGUACUAGUAGUAUUCGUUGGGGCUUCUUACUGGGUGGGAGAUGGUAUGUUAGGCUCUGGAAAACCUUCCAUGCGCAAUUCAAACGUGGCCGAUAUUGUGGAGGAAAACAUAAGCAGCAUCCGAAAAAACUUCCCAGGACAGGAAGAAGAUCUCUGGGUGACGGUCAAAGCUGCGGUAAAUUACCACAUCAGAUCUGAACCAGAAUGCCCGAUCAUCCUUCUAUUUGGAAGUCAUCCGGAUGCUUCAAAGACCUCCAGGUGCCUCGUGCAGAAGCUUGGGAGGACCCUCUCUGAGAUCCUCGGCAAAGAAAAACCUCACGAUUCCCUGUAUGAGAUCGACGGUGAAGACUUUCAAAACCAGAACGCUGACCGAGCUAAAAUGGAUAUGGAUCGCGGUCUGCGAAAAGCUUUCCAAGGAAAGCCCGGGAAGAAAGUCGCAACCGUUUUUAAUCUGGACUACCUCCCGCCCUGCUCUGUGCUUCUGUUUCAUGGUUACUGCGACACGGAUAAUGCGAUCUUCAAAGAUGUGGCUAUGAUUUUCACAGUCACCCUAAAUGAUCAUUCCCCAGGGCCCAAUUCACCGAAAGACUGGGAGCCCCUGGUUAUGGAGCACCUGAAGAAAAUGUGGGUGGAUAAAUGUCCGUCACUGCCCUUGGAGAAAGUGCAGGCUUUUCUCAGUAGGAUCACCAACAAUGUGGUUUUAGUAAAAAGAGAAGAGUCAACAAAAUGUUAAGGGAUUUGGGGAUAAAAAAAUGCUGUGCAAAAAGCACCUUGUGCCCAAUUUCAUAAAUCCAGUAAGCAGAAAAUUUUGCUUAGCAAAUUUCUUGGCUAAGUGAAAAAGGACAAUGGUUCCACAGUUCCAGGUAAACAUUUUUUGUGCUAAGCAAGUUUUUGUGCUUAUAGGCUUAAACUUGCUUAGCACAGAAAAAUCUUGCUUAACAGAAACUGGUUACCAACCAUAAUUCCAUAAAGUUAAAUUGGGCCCAGGCAGGGAAUAGAACCCAAUCCACCGGUAUCAUGUAUGGCUCAGGUCUAGGUGAGAUUUGAACCAGAGAUCACAGAGGUGAACUUCGGGACGAAAUGGGUAGGGGGGGGGGGGUUGAAAAACAACCAAACCCAAGAAUGCUGCACCAUUUUAAGGGUCAUCAUACAUUUAAUUCUUAAAUUACCGUUAAAUUACAGUUUAGUUCUUACCAUCACUGUUCUUCCUUAAAACGUUAUGAUGUUAAAAAGGAACCUUUGUACGGUACUGUAGUGAUUUGUUUACCCCUUUUGGGUUUUUAGUUUUUGCAUGGUGGGAAUACGAUAUGGAAAAGUUUGCGGUAACACCAUGUAAUGAAUAUAUCUUAUUGAGUUGGGGUGGUUCUGAAAACCAAA